AUGGGUCUGUGGGACCCCAUAUUAUCACGGCCGUCGCCCGAUAUAACCGCGUCUUACGAGUUCUUAGAGGAGAUCGGCCAUGGAGGCUCGUCCGUGGUGCGCGUGUGCCGGCAUCGCGCCACGGGCGAGAGGUUCGCGUGCAAGAGCAUUCUCAAGGACAACCUUCGCUGCGCCGCUGACGUGGCAGACGUUCGAAGAGAAAUCGAGGUGUUGGAGCAGCUGGGGCACCACGCGCAUAUCGUGCAGCUGCACGCCACCUUCGAGGACAUCUCAGCCGUCCAUCUCGUCAUGCAGCUCUGCCACGGCGGCGAGCUCUUCCACGAGAUCGUGCGCCGCGAGCGCUUCUCCGAGGCGGACGCCGCCGUCGUCUUCCGCCAGCUGGCGGAGGCGGUGGCGUUCUGCCACGCGCGCGGCGUGCUGCACCGCGACCUCAAGCCCGAGAACAUCCUGCUGCUGCACCCCGUGGCGGAGGGGGAGGGGGGAGGCGGGGCGGAGGCGGGAGAUGGGGGUGCGGGGGAGCGGGGCAAUGCGGCGGUGGCGGCGGUGGAGGAUUGGAAGCCGCGGGAGCAGGCAGACGAGGAGGGGAACGACGGCGGGCUGUCGCCUCUAGAGCAGAACUGGCCGGGGUCGUCCGUCACCCCUCCUAACCACUCCCCACACCUCUCUCAAUCCAGCACGCCUCCUCUCGGCAAUCUGCUCCGCCACUCCUCGCUCCCCUCCCCUUCCUCCUCCGCCUUCCCCACCUCCCCCCUCCACUAUCUUCCCACCAUUGCAGAUCCCGCCACAACCCCUCCAACGUCCCCUCCCCAUUCCGCCUCCGCCUCCGCCUGUCCGCCCUCCCCCUCGCCUCCGCCCCCCCCGCUGCACGUGAAGCUGGCGGAUUUCGGGUUGGCGCUGCACCUGGGGCCGGGGGAGCGCGCGCAGGGCUUCGCGGGGAGCCCCUUCUACGUCGCGCCAGAGGUGCUGGCACGGCGGUCCUACGACACGUCAGCAGACAUGUGGAGUCUGGGCGUGGUACUGUACUCGUUAUUAGCAGGCGACCUGCCGUUCGUGGGGGACACAGAGAAGAAGGUGUUCCGCGCCAUCACCAAGGGGCGCCUCAACCUGCAGGCGCCCCCCUGGCCGUCCGUCUCCGCGCCCGCCAAGGCGCUCAUCCGCCGCCUGCUCGACCCCACCCCCGCCUCGCGCCUCUCCGCGCCCCUCCUGCUGCAGCACCCCUGGCUCGCGCACACGCCCCUGCCCACUGCGCCCGCGCUGCCUGUGCCGCAGCCUGUGGGCGCGCGCGAGGGGGAAGCGGCGCCCAUGGGCGCGAGCCCAGGGAGACCAGGGGCGGACUGGAGUGACGAGCGCGCUAGCAGGGCAGGCGGGGCAGCGCGGCCAGCGAGUGCGGGAGGGCGCGUGGCAGCGCUGCAGGUCCCGGACCCACACCGCCCCGCGCCUCAUGCCGCGCCCCAGUCGCCGCGCACGCCCUCCCCCCGCCGCGCCCCCCCACCCGUGUCCGCUGCUCGUUCUGCCGCGUCUGCUGCUGCCUCCGCGCUGAGGAAGGCCGCCAGGCACGCCAUGUCAGGUGGCGCUGCGGGCGCGGAGGGGGAGAGCGAGGGGCCAGGGGAUGGCGCAGGGGAGGCCAGCGGUCUGCACAGUGGGACGGGUGGGGGGACGAGUGGGGCCGCAGGGGCGGGAAGGACAGGCGGCAGUGCGGGGAGGACAGGCGGCAGUGCGGGCAACACGCCAAACAGUGCGGUGCGGAGCCUGGCAGCGGCGUUUGGGAGGAGCCCGGGGGCCAAGACAGAGAGCGCCAAGGCAGAGGGGGGGAAGAGCGGGGCAGGGCAGUCGGGGGGGGUGGGCAGCGGCACCAAGCGCAUUGUGAAGGCGCUGUUCCGCUCGCUCUCCUCCCUCGCCUCCGACUACCGCCGCGGCCGCCUCUCCUCGCUGGGGCUGGGCGGGGGCACUGCAGGCGCGGAGGGGGAGGGCGGGGGGAAGAAGGCGGGCGCUUGGGGUGACUGGGGCAGCGCGAGUGGCAGUGGCGGGGCGAGUGGGGCGAAAGGGGGGAGUAAGGGGUCCGGGGUGAGCAGAGCGAAGGAGUGGAGCAGCGGUGCAGAUGCACGCGUGCCAGGGCGAGCCAGCUUUAGCAGCAGCAGCAGCAGCGCAUGGGAUGGCAACAGCAGGGGGAACGGCAGCAGCGUCGAGAAAGGCAGUGGCAGCAAUCAUAAGCACGUUCCCCAUCCGCAGCGCGAGGGUGUGAGUGCUGGCUCAAGCGACGCGAGUGGCGGUACAAGCAGCAGCACAUUUGGUGGCAGUGCUAGCGAUGGCAACACCAGUGGUGGCAGCACGAGUGUGAAGGCUGUUGGUGAAGUGCAGAGCACAGCGGGCAGCAGAGGCAGUGGCAGCGCUAACACAGCUGCCCUGCGAUCGCCUGUCCUUUGUGCGACCUCUCCUGCCUCUGUGGAAUCUCCCCCCCUUGCUCCCAUGCAUGCCGCCCCACAUGCCACAGCACAUGCUGCAGCACCUGCCAUGUGCCAUGAUGCCCAUGUCCCCACGGAUCCUGUCGCCACCAUUCAUCCUCGCAACGAUUGCCCUCAUGCUGUUGCUGGCACUGCUGCCGAUGCCAAUCCCAGUGCUGGUGCUGCUGCUGCUGCUGCUACGGACAAUGUUGCUGCUGUGGCAAGUCAAGGAGCAGUAGAUGGUGCCGCAGAAACAGCAGCAGCAGCAGACGAGUCACAGAUAGAGUGUGGCGGAGUGGAAGCAGCAGCAGUGCAGGUUGCAGCAGGGGUGGGAGAGAGCGCCUUGCAGGAGGGAGCAACGGCGUGCGAGGUGGUGCCAAGCGGCAGAGAGGAUGGGAGCAGUGUGGCACUGGCAGGAGGGACGAGUGAAGCACAGGGGGAUGCGAAAGGCGGCAGUGGCAGCAGUGACAGGAUUGGCAGCAUAGCAGGCACAGAAUCUUGCAGUACAAAGGCAGCUCAUAGCACAAUGCCUAAACCCAAAGCCGCAUCCACACCCACACCCGUGCCCACGCCGAGUCCCACUUCCGAACCCACACCCACGCCAUGUGCUGCUUCUGUGGCUGGUGGUGUUCAGCAGACUGCUGGCGAGCAGUCGGCUGAGCAGAGCAAGGAGGGCGGAGAGCGAGUGAAGGAUGGCAGUGUGAGCAGCGAGGUGCAGACAGAGAGAGAGGGUACGGUAGGCGGUGCAGGCAGCGCAGCAGAGAGCGGAGGGGAGUCCGCCCCCAUAGGAGUGGAGGCGUGCUUAGGGGACAGCACAUCGGUCCCUCCAGACCCGUUGAGAGUGAGUGUACCAGUGCCAGAUGGCACUGCUGAUGCAAGCACUGCUGUAGCAGGCAGUGCUGUAGCAGGCAGUGCUGUAGCAGGCAGUGCUGUAGCAGGCAGUGCUGUAGCUGGCAGCAGUGCAGCUUUGAAGCCGGUAACAGCAGCAGUGGCUGUGGUUCCCCCAGGGGUGUCGUGUCUGGGGGAUGCAGAGCCGAGCCUGAAGCUGCUGCUGCAGCCACUGCGCCUGUCCCCUCGCCGCUCCAUGCGCCGCUCCCUCAGCAGCAGCAGCAGUAGCAGCAGCCAGAAUGGCGAGGUGGGCAAGGAGAGGAGGGGCGCGCUGAUGGAUGGGCAGGGGCAGGAGAAUGUUGGAGGCGGGGGCGGGUCAGAGCAGGUGGUGCAGGCGUGUGCACCAGCACCGUUCAAGUGGCGGCCACUCAAGGGCAGUCUGAGCGGCAGGCUGGGGUCUGGCAGGGCUGCUGCGAACGUGGCUCCACAGCUCCACAACUGA